UGGACGGAAAAUGUGUGCGACAGCCAAGUAGAAGCGGUUCUUGGAAGGUGUUAGCUUUAGACUCCUCUUGCUGGCUGGAGAAAAUCCGGGUGAUGUCACGCGCAUAGGGUGGACGCCGUGUAAUGUGGACUUAACGGAACAAUUGCCGAGUCUGGUGGGAAUCACCAAAGUAGAAGUAUUUGAGAGUAACCGGGACCCGUCUGUCUGUGGUUGGAGUACCUUGCGGAGGGUGGUCUUUAGAACGAUUAAGAAUUUGUGGAGAUCAGCAACCAAGUCCGGAUCAGCAGGGUCCUGAGUCGUGGGAGCGCAGGAUCCUUUGCAGGAGGGAGGAGUUAGAGGCUUUGGGGUCAGCAUUUCUGGGGACACGCUUGAGUGAAGACGGAUUUCGGAAGAGGAACUUAGAGCAGAUCCUGCGGACCGGCGGACAGAGCCUCCCUGUUGCCAGCUCUUUCCAGAGACAGAAGAAGAUGAUCCAGGCCCAGGGAACCCUGACCCUGGAGGAUGUGGCCGUGGACUUCACGUGGGAGGAGUGGCAGCUCCUGACCCCCGCGCAGAAGGACCUGUUCCGGGACGUGACGCUGGAGAACUACCGCAACCUGGUGGCCGUGGGUUAUCAAGCCAGCAAAGCCGACAUCCACUCCAGGUUAGAUCAAGGAGAGCAACCAGGGGCGACGGAGGCUGAUACCCACUCUUGCACCCAGUCAGGAAUCUGGAAAGUUGAUGAUCACCUGCUGGAGCACUUACAAAAUGAGAGUGUGGAGAAGAGACGAGAACAAUGGCACAGACACAAUCCACUGGAAAAUUCUGUUCAUCAAAGCAGAACUAAUUUUCUGGUCAGGCAAAAUCAUAUGUUUGACUUACACAGAAAAAGUAUGAAAUCAGAUUUAACUCUACUUCCCCAGAGCAGGGACUGUGAAAUAAAGAACUCCGCUGAGCUGAGUGGAGAUGGCACAUCCUGUCUCCAUGCUAACAACAAACAGUUUCAUACUGAAAUUAAAUUCCCCCAAAGCCAAAAACUCUUCGGCACUAAGCCCCAAUUCAACGAGCAUCAGAAAACUCAAAAAAUAGAGAAGCCUCAUGUAUGUGGUGAAUGUGGGAAAGCUUUCAUCAAGAAGUCUUGGCUCACUGAUCACCACAUCAUUCAUACAGGAGAGAAGCCCCAUCAGUGCAAUCUCUGUGGGAAAGCCUUCUCCCGAAAGUUCAUGCUCACUGAACAUCAGAGAACACAUACAGGAGAGAAGCCUUAUGAAUGCAGUGAAUGUGGCAAGGCCUUUCUCAAGAAAUCUCGGCUCAAUAUACAUCAAAAAACCCAUACGGGGGAGAAACCAUUUAUAUGUAGUGACUGUGGGAAAGGCUUCAUCCAGAAGGGGAAUCUCAUCGUACAUCGUCGGAUUCACACAGGCGAGAAACCUUACAUAUGCAACGAAUGUGGAAAAGGCUUCAUCCAGAAGACAUGCCUCAUAGCUCAUCAGAGAUUUCACACAGGAAAAACUCCUUUUGUGUGCAGUGAAUGUGGAAAAUCCUGUUCCCAGAAGUCAGGUCUCAUCAAACAUCAGAGAAUUCACACAGGAGAGAAACCUUUCAAGUGCAUUGAGUGUGGGAAAGCCUUCACUACAAAGCAAAAGCUCAUUGUCCAUCAAAGAACUCACACUGGAGAGAGACCCUAUGUCUGUAGUGAGUGUGGGAAAGCUUUUGCCUACAUGUCUUGCCUUGUUAAACAUAAGAGAAUACACUCAAGAGAGAAAGGUGGAGCUUCAGUCAAGGUGGACAGUCCUCUCCCAGAGCAUCACAGCUCCCCACAGACUAGCGCUGCCAUGCAAGAGAAAAGCCUUGUUAAUUCGGUGACUAUGCACAUGCCUUCUGUGGCCCCUCAGGCAUCAGUGAAAAUCAGUGGGCUCCUAGCAAAUCAGAAUGUCAUCAUAGUGGGACAGCCUGUGGCCAAGCGUGCACCUGCCAGAGAUAAUGGAGGGUUUGCACGGGAAAGAAGCCUCAUGAAUGCUGUGAAUGUGGUUGUGCCCCCAGUGGUCAAUUAUGUCUUACUUUAUGUCACAGAAAGCCAGUCGGAAAGAAACUCAGAGACACAUUAUCAGAAUUGCGAGGAAAUGAGAGCAUCUCAGCGGCUUCUCCCCUUUCCGUCCACUCCUGGCUUCUGGCUCCCAAACCCGCCCCCUGGCCUCCUGUACGUCAGGUGUCAGCGUAUGGGCUUCUGCAGAUCACUCCGCUUGCAGGGCGUGCAGGUGGCGGUGACGUUCAUCGAAGUGUCUGGUUCAGGAUGGGAACUCCAAGAAUUGUAUCUUCUUUUGAGUCCUGAGUCGUGGGAGCGCAGGAUCCUUUGCAGGAGGGAGGAGUUAGAGGCUUUGGGGUCAGCAUUUCUGGGGACACGCUUGAGUGAAGACGGAUUUCGGAAGAGGAACUUAGAGCAGAUCCCGAGGACCCGCGGACAGAGCCUCCCUGUUGCCAGCUCUUUCCAGAGACAGAAGAAGAUGAUCCAGGCCCAGGGAACCCUGACCCUGGAGGAUGUGGCCGUGGACUUCACGUGGGAGGAGUGGCAGCUCCUGACCCCCGAUCAGAAGGACCUGUACCGGGACGUGAUGCUGGAGAACUACCGCAACCUGGUGGCUGUGGGUUAUCAAGCCCGCAGCGCAGACGUGCUCUCCAGACUGGAUCGAGGAGAACCACGGCCGGUGGAGGCUGACAUCCACGCUCGCACCCGAGCAGAAACCUGCAAAGUUGAUGAUCACCUGCUGGAGCACUUCCACCACGAGAGCAGGGAGAAGAUCCUAGAACAGUGGCACAGACACACCCCCCUGGAAAAUUCUGUUCCUCAGAGCAAAGCUAGUUUUCUGUUCAGGCCAAAUCAUGAUACAUCUGACGUCCAUGGAAACAGUAUGAAGUCAGCUUUACCUCUCCUUCCCCAGAGCAGGAGCUGUGAAACAAAGAACCCUGCUGAGCUAACUGGAGAUGGGACACCCUGUCUCCAUGCUCACAGUGAACAAUUUCGCCCUGAGAUGAAAUUCCCCGAAAGUCAAAACCUCAUCAGCACUAAGCCCCCAUUCAACAAGCAUCAGAAAACUCAGAAAAUCAAGAAAUCUCACGUGUGCGGUCAGUGCGGGAAAACGUUCAUCAAGAAGUCUUGGCUCACUGAUCACCAGAAUCUCCAUACAGGAGAGAAGCCCCACCGGUGCAAUCUGUGUGGGAAAGCCUUCUUCAGGAAGUUCAAGCUCACUGAGCAUCAGAGAACCCACACAGGGGAGAAGCCUUAUGAAUGCACGGAAUGUGGCAAGGCCUUUCUCAAGAAAUCAGGGCUCAACGUACAUCAGAAAACCCACACGGGGGAGAAACCAUUCGUAUGCAGUGACUGUGGCAAGGGCUUCAUCCAGAAGGGGAAUCUCAUGGUCCAUCAGCGGAUUCACACCGGCGAGAAACCCUACAUAUGCAACGAAUGUGGGAAAGGCUUCAGCCAGAAGACGUGCCUCACGGCACACCAGCGAUUUCACACGGGAACGACGCCCUUCGUGUGCAGCGAGUGCGGAAAAACGCUUUCCCAGAAGACAGGUCUCAUCAAGCACCAAAGGACUCACACAGGAGAGAAACCCUUCGAAUGCCGCGACUGCGGGAAAGCCUUCAUUGAGAAGCCUCAGCUUGUCAUCCACCAGAGAAUCCACACAGGGGAGAAACCCUAUCGAUGCAGCGACUGCGGGAAGUCAUUCAGAGGGAAGUCGGUCCUCAACAAGCACCAGAAAACUCACUCGGUCAAGGUGGAACAUGGCCCCGCAGUGGGUCACAGGUCAUCCCAGAGCAGCGUGGUCCUCCAGGAGAAGAGCCUCAAUACGGUGACAAUGCGCCUGCCUCCCCUGGCCCCUCAGCCGUCUGUCCACAUCAGCGGGCUCCUGGCGAGUCGGAAUGUGAUCCUGGUGGGACAGCCUGUGGCCAGAUGCGCCCCUGCCGCGGAUAACAGAGGCUUUGCCCAGGACAGAAACCUCGUGAGUGCGGUGAAUGUGGUUGUGCCUUCAGUGGUCAAUUAUAUUUUAUUUUAUGUCACAGAGAACCAGUAGGAAGAAACUCAGACAUUCUCUGAGGAAAGGGACCGAGCGCAAACCUGUAGCUCGUGUGUGGCUGAAAAGUAUAUACUGAGAGAAAUUGUGUACAUGCUGAGAUGGGGAACGUGUGUUGUACACUCAUCCUAGUAAACAUGUGCAUUGAUUGAAACCUGUUGAUCACAUAUUGAUACAGAAGCAUAAUCUGCUGUGAACCCACACACACAUCAGUUGCUGUAUUGUGUCAAAUUAAAUAAAUGAGGAUGCCCUAGUUGAACUAGGUGGAGAAGAUAA